AUGAUUGAAUCAAGAGGUGCGGUUGGUAUUGUAACACCCCUAAUUCACAAUAUAUUAAAGAAUCAUCCUUCUCUAACCAAUCUUCAAGAUGAAUAUAAAGAACUACCUUUUGGAAGUUGGGCUGGAAGGUUAGGUGAAAUUGCUAAUGAAGAAUGCUUGGUUGGAGCGUUAAGUGGGCUUUCUGCCGAAUUAUCAACGAUCAUGGAUGUUAGUCAAGAAGAAUAUACCAAUAUUCUAAAAUCACUUGGCGAUGAAAUGACCAAUUAUAAAGCAUUCUCUCGAAAUCACAGAAUUUACGCAC